UAAGGCAGGCGCCGUGCCCCCACCCGGUGCCCCUGGCGGGCGGCGCGACGCGGCUGCGCUCUGGCGGCGCGGGCCGGCGCUGCCUCACGCCAGUGUGCUGCCGCUGGCGGAAUGCGCGACAGCCCGCAGCAGCCAGCAUGUCGCGAGUCAGCAUCGGCAGGCCCGCGGCGCGCACCCCCAACAGCGCGCGGGUGCGCAAGAUCAGCCGGACGGAGAGCCAGUGCUCGUGCUCGGAGCGCGCGCAGGAGAGCGCCCGCCUGACGGCGCAGGACGACGACGGCUCGCCCGGCGACGAGGACGCGCUCAGCUUCUGCGAGUACCACGACGUGCCGCCGCCGCCCGACGGCGGCUACGGCUGGGUCAUCGUCUUCGCCUCCUUCAUGUGCAACAUGAUCGUCGACGGCAUCGCCUACACGUUCGGCAUCUUCCUGGGCGAGUUCGUCAACUACUACGGGGAGGGCAAGGGCAAGACGGCGUGGGUCGGCUCGCUGCUCUCCGGCAUGUACCUCAGCGCCGGGCCGGUGGUGAGCGCGCUGACCAACAAGUACGGCUGCCGCGCCGUCUGCAUCGCGGGCAGCAUCAUCGGCUGCGCCGCCUUCGUGCUCAGCAUCUUCUCGCCCAACGUCAACGUCCUCAUGCUGACGUACGGAGUCAUGGGUGGCAUUGGAUUUGGACUGAUCUACCUGCCAGCGGUAGUAUGCGUCGGAUACUACUUUGAGACCAAACGGUCGCUGGCUACUGGAAUUGCAGUGUGCGGCUCUGGUUUCGGCACAUUUGCAUUUGCGCCAGUUGCUACGAUACUGCUAGAAACCUUCGGCUGGAAAGGUUCUAACCUCGUACUCGCUGGAGUUAUUCUUAAUUGUGCCGUGUUCGGUGCUAUGAUGAGGCCUCUGGAAUACCAGAAGGUGCCGAGCUGCAAGCCGCUGCUGCAGCGGAUGGCCGAAGAGAAGCGGUUCCAGAUGGAGCGCGGCUCGAUCGGAGGCUCGUACUUCAUGGUGAUGCUGCCGGACGGCACGAUGGAGCGCCGUCUCAAGAUGCCCAUCAACAUCGACCCCGGCGUGCACUCCAGCUUCAACCUGGACCAGCUGGCGGCGGCGGCGGCGGCGGGCGGCGGCGUGGUGGCGGGCGGCGCGACGCCACUGACGCCGGUGCCCACCGUGCCGACGCUGCCCACCAUCUCGGAGGUGAAGGCGCCCGAGCAGAGCGGCUCGAGCGGCGCGUCUAGCGCGGGCAGCGGCGAGCUGCGGCGCCGCCAGGCCGACGAGGCGUCGCCCGAGCGCGACCAGAAGGCGCUGCGCGACGACGCGCGCCCCGCCAUCCCGCGCAACGCGUCGCAGCCCGCCUUCACCACGCACGUCCAGGGGCUGCCCAAAAACGGCUCCGUGCCCUUCUUCGACCGCAUCCGCAAGACGAGCGCCGGCGAGCGGUACAGGCCCACCCUGGGCGCCAUCAAGGUCUCCAGAGGAAACGUCAGCUCCAACGGGGACAUACGAAAGUCUUUACAUCUCCGCCUCUCCAACUCGUCCGUCGUGGCUGGCUCUCGCAACAACAACUGCGAGGAAAUGUGGUCCAAGACAGACAUAGGAGAAAAUGAGAGCAUAUGCUUUACAACAUCGAAAUCAAGCAUUCCCCGAGAAAAACGUGAAAUAGUGAGGCCACUGUCUCGAAAGGAUAUAUUCUACUCAGGUUCUGUAAUAAAUCUUCCUGAAUACAAGAGUCAGAAAUCAUUAACAAGCUACAGGCAAAGUGUAAUUUCACUGCCCAAAUAUCCUCAGGAUCAAAUCGACAUCGAGGGAGAGGGAGGAGGAACAUGCUCACAGUGUUGUCCUGAAUCAUUCAGAACAAUUUUGGGGACGAUGAUGGACAUGUCUUUGCUCAAAGAUCCCGUGUUUAUGCUCAUUAGCGUCAGCAAUUUGUUUGGCAUGAUGGGACUGUAUGUACCAUUUGUGUACCUGGUUGAUGCUGCAAUUCUUGAUGGAACUGAUUCCAACUCAGCAUCAUUUCUCUUGUCAAUUAUUGGUAUUACUAACACCGUGGGGAGAGUGGCAUGUGGCUAUCUAGCUGAUUUUCCUUGGAUGGACUCUUUGCUGCUGAAUAAUAUUUGCCUUGUUGUAUGCACAUUUGCUGUUGCUGCCACGCCUUUCUGUCAUACCUAUGCAGCAUAUGUUGCAAUGGCAAUAUUUUUUGGUCUUGCUGUCUCUGGCUACAUAUCUCUCACAUCCAUCAUCCUUGUUGAUCUUCUUGGGCUUGAUAAGCUCACAAACGCUUUUGGCCUUUUGAUUUUGUUCAGAGGUGGUGCAGCAAUUGUAGGGUCACCACUAGCAGGAGCUGUAUAUGAUGCAACCAAGAGCUAUGCCAUACCUUUCUACAUGGCCGCUGCAUUCUUCCUUGUCUCAGCAGUGACCAGCUUCCUGGCACCAUCACUGAAACGCUGCCUAGCAUCACCUGCUGCUCCACCUAUCCCUGAUGCACUUACUCCAAUUAAUGAGGAUGUGGAAGAAGAAAAUGAGCCAGAUGUUGUGCCAGAAAUUAUUGAGACUGCUCCUUCUCCAUCAGAAAUAAAACAAAUUGAGUCAGUAUUGUGAAAAGACAUUUAGUUUCCAAUGUCACCAAAGAUAAUAUUCACCUUAGUGAACAAUUUAUAUGCACAACUUAUAAUAUUUGUUGACUGACUGGACAGCACUCAAAAGAGGUCAUAAAGUGAAAGUUUUACAUGUAUAUCAAAUAGGCUAUUACAGUAUUUAACGAACACCACAUAUAGCGGGUCUUUAUACAUUUUUAUCCUAUUUUUCAAAAAGUUGCCAAAUUGAACAAGCAUAUUAUUUUCUGUAGUGUGCUGUGGUGCUCUGUGAUUUUAUAGUUGCUUAACAGUGAAUAAACACACUAGUACAGCUUUUAGCUAAACAUAUGAACCACAAUGUUCUCUUUUGUAUAACUUCAACUGUGCUGUCUUAGCUCAUUAUUGUGCCUCUACAACAAGAUAUGCAAUCACACUAAGAUUGCUGGAUUUGUGCUUCUGUUUUCUGAAUAAAGUUUUGAAGUGAUGCAAUAAUUUUGCACAAGACCGAAGUUUAAUGUUACUAAAUAAUGUUGAGAUAGAAGUAAAAUAUGCUUUAUAGGAAGGACAUAUAACUAUUUGUAGAAAUGACUGUUUCCGUUGUUACUGUUCAUGAAACAUAAACAUAUAUAUAUAAUGAAAAUCCAGUGUUUUAUUUUGAUGCUUGUGGCAGAGCAUAUGUUAUUGUUAAAUGCUAACCACUGAGCUAUGCAUUUAUAUCAACAGAGGAUGAAGUGCAUGAGUUUGAUAUGUACAGUACAAAAAACUGUUAUGCACUGUAUGUUUCUUGUGAACAAUUACAAUUUGUGGAUCUUUAAAAAAGUAGAUAUUCACUGCAAAUCAUAAUUCAUUAGCAAGUAGUUCAAACUGUUUAUCACUAAACAGUCAUUGUCAGUUUAGCAUGAAUGAAAGUAAACAUAAAAGGUAUAUUUACUUAACACAAGAUGACAAGUAGUUAACUGCAGCCAUUAAUGUUGCAUUCCUCAUGAGCACAUGAUUUUCUUUGCAUUGUUUGGAUGGAGGUGUUGAAAGGUUCAUUAGAAAUAUGUAAACUACAACCAGUCUCAUAUGUAUUUUACUCAAUAACUGUGAUAUGAUUAUGCAUAUGUUAAUGCAUGUGCAUGUACAUGGAAAUAUAUGAAUCAAAGAAUAAGGUACAUGUAUAAUAAUUAAACAUGUUUUACUGUGAUGGAAUAAAGUUCAUUAAUUAUUUUCCAGUCAGCAAUAUAAUGUGAAUCGACAGAGUCUGUUAGAUAUAAGAAAUACUUCUAGCUAAACUUCCUGAGUUACCAUGCUAGAAGAUUCAAACAAUGGAUAAGCCUGGUUUCAGUCUGUCUUAGAAGCUGAGAAGUAUAUUCCACAAUGUUCUAUCCCUUCUCAGUAUUCAGUCACUUAGAAAUUUGCAGCUUGCUCUGAGAAGGUAAAGGCUAAAAUGUGAGCUGCACUAAUUAUCAUGUCUAUUUUCUUCGAUAACUGUGAUACAAGGAUGUGUAAAAUAAGAAAUGCUUAGUAAAGUUGCACAGCUCUGAAGUUUCAAGUGAAGAAAGAAAAAAUGUUGUACUAAAAUAUUUUGUUACUUAUAAGAUUGGAGUUAUACUAAAAUGGACUAUAUAAUUAAAGUGUUAACUCUAGAAAUGUACAUCACUGACUCAGAGUCACAUUUCUGAAUUAAAGUUAUAAAAUGUGUUUUAUAUCAUGAAAUCAUAUAGGUGUGUGGAUGAGUAUGACUGUACAGCAAAGUGUGUGUUUUUAAGAAAAAUGUAUGAAAAUGUAUGUUGUAUUUAAGUAUGAGCCAAAUGUUAAUGAGGUGCUUGAUGCUGUCCGUUUUGUUUACUCGUAUGUUACCUGUGUACAUUGCAUUAAAUCCUGUUUUGAGGAACUCUUAA